GGCACGCAGCAAUCCAGCGAGAAUCGGUUGAAUUGCCAUGAGCGAGCAUGGCUCCUAAGAAGAGCGGCAAGGCCAAAGCGAAGCCUAAGGCUGAGAACGAGAAUAAGGAGAUCCAGUGGCUGGAAUCCACUUUGGAGAAGCUCGCGCUGCAGCAGCAGAAAGGCCCAGAAUGGCUGAAAGAGCCCCACGAGUGGCACAAGGAGCAGCUGGAAGAGCUCAGAAGCCGCCUGGAGGGGGGCCUCAAGUCGCCCUCCGAGCUCCGAGAGGGCCUCGACUUCUACCUCUCCCAGUUCGAAGAUGGCCAAGCUGUGGGAGAGGACGAAUUCUACAUCGACAAGGAGCUCUACGCUGAGCUGUUGGCGCCGGUGGUCGAGGAGAAGCUGGCGCCAUACCUGCGAAGGCCGGCGACGGAGGAGGAGCAGGCGACUGUUGCGAAGCUGAAGACGUGGAGUGAGGUGACGCCCCACGGCAUCACCAAGGUCCAGAAGGUCAUGCAAGCCAACGCCGACUGCGCGGAGGUUCAGGAGGCGGGCAUCACGCGGCUGGGCGGCCUCUUGGCAGAGGCCAAGGCGGGCGGCACCGCGGUGCCUUCCGCGGCCGCCGGGCUGGCGCCUGGGGCGAUGUGCCCCGUGGUGCUGGAGGGCAUGGACCGCUUCCCGCGGGACCCUGGCGUGCAGCGAGCGGCCUGCAGCGUGCUUCGAGGCAUCGUGGUCACCGACGGGGGCUGCACGGUGGUGGCGGAUGCCGGGGCCGUGCAGCGCGUGGUGGCGGCCAUGAAGGCACACCUCGCGGACGUGGACGUGUGCAAGUUCGGGGCAGCAAUGCUGUACGCCAUGGUGCAGAAGACGGGCGCCAGCUCCCCGGAGCGGCUCACCAUGCAGGCGACCAAGGCCUACCAAACCCUCGCGGAGGUUUUGCUGUACCACCCCACGGACCGCGCCCUGGAUCGCGCCGUGCGGGUCACCAUGCCAGAGCUGAAGACCUAAAGGUGCAGCUGCGUCAGAUGCAGAGAC